AUGUGCCCAAGACAAAUUAACUGUUAUUAUUUUUUGAAAAAAAUUUUUUUCAUUCUUAUUUUUAUUAUAAUCAUAUAUAAUUUAUUUACUACCAUUAAUAAUUUAUUACAAUAUUCUAAUAUUGAAUAUGAUAAGAUUAUUGAAAAAAAUUCUAAUGAGAUAUAUAAUGUUAUAAAAAGUGAAAGUAAAGAAAGUUAUGAAAAUGAAUAUUUAUUGUCUAAUGAACCAUUUUUUACACCUAUACCUGGUACAGAAGAUAUAGAAUGUUCAUUGUAUGGAAAAAAGAAAAAUGGUAUAGUUGCAAGAAAAUAUGGAUUUCAGAGAAAAAAAUUUAAAGAUAAACAAGAUGAAACACUAAAAAUGUCAUGUAAUGCAAUUAAACGAAGACAUUUUUUUCCUACUAAACAACAUCUAACAAAAGAAGAAGAAACUUUUCCAUUAGCAUAUUCAGUUAUUGUAUUUAAGAAUUAUUAUCAACUAGAACUACAAUUAUCACUCUCAUACUCAAUAUAUAAUCAUUAUUGUUUUAUCAUAGAUUCUAAAGCAAAAAAACUUUUUAAUAAACAAUUAAUAAAAUUAGGUUCAUGUUUUGAAAAUGUUUAUAUUAUGAAAAAAGUACUUCCUUUUGAUAGUAAUGGAAGAAAUUAUGCCAAUGGUCAUUUAGAAUGUCUACAAUAUUUAAUAUCAAAAAAAUGGAAUUAUGUAUUUCUUUUACAAAAUCAUGAUUUUCCAUUAAAAACAAAUUUACAAUUAAUAAAAAUUUUAAAAAUUUAUAAUGGAGCAAGUGAUUUUCAAAUGGUUCCAGGAUAUUUAGAAAGAAUUGAUACAUUUAAUGAUUGGUCAUUUACAAAUUUAAAUAUUUUUAAAAAUUAUUCCAAAAAUUACAAUGAAUAUGGAUAUCCAUUUUGGUUAAAUUUUGUCAAAGGAUUCAGUGAAGUAACAUUAUCAAGAAUUGAUGUUGAUUAUAUGUUUCAUGAAUUAAAUUUAACAACAUUACUUCAUGAAUUAGAUUACCCUAAACAUGGAAUUGAUGAAAUGUUUUGGUCUACAAUAUUAUCUGAUGAAAAUAUAAAUUUUCCUGGUGGUAUGCCAAAUUAUUGUACAAAUUAUGGAAAAAGAGUUGAAUAUAUAACACGAAAAAGUGUUUGGAGAACAAAAAGAGUAUGUAAAAGUGGAUUAAUUAGGCAUGGUAUAUGUAUUCAUGGUAUGGAAGAUUUUUAUAAAUUAAAUUAUUAUCCUCAUUUAUUUAUUAAUAAAUUAAUGACUGAAUAUGAUGCAGGUGCUGUUAAAUGUUGGAGUGAAAUUUUGUGGAAUAAAAGAUAUGCUAAUGAGAGUAAUGAUAUUUUAGAAGAAUACUACAAAGGAACACCUCAUGUUAAAUGGAGAAAGUGUAAAUUAUCAAACACAUGUUCAAAUGAUGAAUCUUUAUGUGAUAAUGAUAUAAUUCUUGAUGAUUGGCGUUUAUAA